AUGAGCGUCAUUUUGUGCACCGCUGGUUACGAUCAUACCAUCAGAUUCUGGGAAGCCCUUAGUGGAAUCUGCUCUCGCACCAUCCCACAUCCCGACUCACAAGUCAAUCGACUAUGCAUCUCUCCUGAUAAACGCUUCCUCGCCGCCGCAGGCCACCACACCGUCAAGCUGUACGACAUCAAGUCGACCAACCCGGCAGCUGUGUUGACAUUCGAGGGCCACACUGGUAACAUCACUGGUGUCGCAUUCCACUGCGAAGGCAAAUGGAUGGUCACAAGCUCUGAAGAUGGCACGGUCAAGAUCUGGGACACCCGCUCCGGCAACAUCCAACGCAACUACUCCCACGGCGUACCCGUCAACGACGUGGUAAUCCACCCCAACCAAGGCGAGCUCAUCUCCUGCGACCGCGGCGGCAACGUCCGCAUCUGGGACCUCGGAGAAAACAAAUGCAGCCACCAACUCGUCCCCGAAGAAGACAAGUCCGUCGCCUCCGUCACCGUCGCCACCGACGGCUCCCUCCUCUGCGCGGCCGUCAGCUCCUCCGUCAACGGCGCCGUCUUCGUCUGGCGUCUCGUCACCGUCCGCGACGUCACCUCCCUCGUCCCCGUCUGCCGCUUCAAAGCUCACGGCACUUACAUCACCCGCGUCCUCCUCUCUCCCGACGUGCGCAAACUCGCCACUUGUUCCGCCGACCACACCGCGCGCAUCUGGACGGUGGAUCUCGACAACGUCUCCGUACCCCAACAACAACAAGAUGACGCCCAGGCUUUCCCACUUGAGAACGAGCUGGACGGCCAUCAGCGCUGGGUGUGGGAUUGUGCGUUUUCCGCGGACUCGGCGUACCUGGUCACAGCUUGUAGCGAUCACUAUGCGCGGUUGUGGGAGCUGUCUAGUAAGACUAUCAUCCGCCAGUACAAUGGUCACCAUCGGGGUGCGGUGUGUGUUGCGCUCAACGAUUAUUCGGAGAGUCGUUGA